ACCCCACUGGAAACCCCAACAACAAACCCAGUCAGUCGCCCACUGAAAUGAUCCGCGCGCUCCGUGCCACCUCCUCCCCCCGAACCCCAACCCCAACCCCAACCCUCCCCACCUCCCGCCGCCCACGCCCGCCGCCUCCUCCUCCCGCCCCAUCCACUGCAGGGGGACGACAGGGUUUGGGCUGCCACCUCCGUUGCCGCGCCACCCUCGCCGCCGCAACCAACGCGCCGAUGGGGCAACUGCAGCAGCAGCACCAGGAGCAGCCGCUGAGGAAGGAUCUGUACCCGCAAACCGAGCCCUACGAUUUCGGGUUCCUCAAGGUCUCCGGCGUCCACACCAUCUACUACGAGCAGUCCGGGAACCCCCAGGGCCAUCCUGUUGUGUUCCUCCAUGGCGGCCCUGGAGCUGGCACGUCGCCCGGGAAUCGGAGGUUCUUUGAUCCGGAGUUCUUCAGGAUCGUUUUGUUCGAUCAGAGAGGUGCAGGCAGAAGCACUCCUCACGCGUGUUUGGAAGAGAACACUACCUGGGACUUGGUUGCUGACAUCGAGAAGCUUAGAGAACAUCUUGGCAUCCCAGAGUGGCAGGUGUUUGGUGGUUCAUGGGGAAGCACCUUGGCUCUCGCGUACAGCGAGAGUCACCCUGAUAAGGUCACUGGCAUUGUUCUAAGAGGCAUUUUCUUGCUUAGGAAAAAGGAACUUGAUUGGUUCUAUGAGGGUGGUGCAGCAGCUAUUUUCCCAGAUGCAUGGGAACCAUUUAGAGAUUUUAUUCCUGAGGAUGAAAGGAAUUGUUUCAUAGCUGCUUAUAGCAAAAGGCUAACUUCCUCUGAUGCUGAUGUCCAGGCUGAAGCUGCUAAGAGAUGGACAAUGUGGGAGAUGAUGACUGCACAUCUUAUCCAAAAUCAUGAGAACAUCAAGCGAGGGGAAGAUGAUAAGUUCUCAUUGGCAUUCGCAAGGAUUGAAAACCAUUAUUUUGUGAAUAAGGGAUUUUUACCCUCAGACUCGCAUCUGUUAGACAAUGUUGACAAGAUUCGACACAUUAAAGCUUUUAUUGUACAGGGCCGGUAUGAUGUUUGCUGUCCUAUGAUGUCUGCCUGGGAUCUUCAUAAAGCAUGGCCUGAAGCAGAAUUUAAGAUGGUUCCAGAUGCAGGACACUCCGCUAACGAGGUUGGUGUUGCUGCCGAACUGGUAUCCGCCAACGAGAAGCUCAAAAGCAUGUUUACAAAAUGAAGCAGGUGCUCUGAUUUCAAAGGGUUUCAUCGCAUAGCUGAUGCAGAAAUCCAGAAGCGUUUUCUCUGGUUUCAUUAGUGUUGCCAGAAAUACAGAAUAAACAGCUCGUAGUUUGAACAGCCUUGUGGGCACUGUGGUGUGUCAAACGAUGUCAUUAUAAUCUCAAUCAUAGUUUCUGGCCUUGUUUUGAAAAAGGUUAUAAGCGUUUCUCGUUUUUAAACUGACCAAAAAAA